AUGCCUCCGAACGCCAAUCAACGCCCGAGUGGACCCUAUUCACACCACUCGCACGCAUACGGCGGUCAAUAUGACGGAGCAAGCAGCACCAUAGACGGGCCACGCGAGGCUGUUAUGGGCAGCAACUCCCGACACCAUUCACAGGGCGUUGUCGCAUCACACUUCCUGGCCCAGGACCGCGAAACAUGGAUGGACUUCCUGAGAGACGGUACCGAAUCCACUGCCAACCAGCAACCACCGACUGCACAUAGCAACCCCGCUGCCGCCACCGAAGCUCGCUCGAACCCUUCCCCGUCACGAUACACCCUCCCAAACCGCCCCUCGCAACGCACCGACUCGUCCUCCUCCCGCAGCUCAGACCGCAAGCGACGUCUCACAACCGCCGACUCGCCCAUGAGGCGGCCGUCGAGCAUACGCAUGCACUCGGAAAGCGCGGGCGACUCGAGUGCGGAUCCCAUCAUGUUGGACUCGUCGCCUGCCUCCAUCCGCGCAUUACCUCCCACCCCGCCCGUCACAUCACAAGCGAACACAGGCACCAUGAGGAGACAAAGUGAUAUUGUGCUGCCGCCAUGGCAGCCGGACAACGAAGUGUCUCAGUGUCCGGUGUGCAAGAAGCCCUUUACAUUCUUACUUAGGAGGCAUCAUUGCAGGUACGUACCGCCAGACCUAUCGUCGCAGUCGUGUCAGCCAUCGGACGUUUGA